AUGGCCCACGCACCUGUCCCUCUCCAUCUCACCCACUCACCAACAACCUCCAAUCCCUCGCCGCCCUCCUUCUCCCCCACCAUGACCUCCUCCCCUUCCACCACGGGGACCUCCCCCGCAAAGGCAACCCACACCUGCCCAUCCUGCUCCCGCUCCUUCUCCCGCGGAGAGCAUCUCGACCGUCACUUAACCACCCACAUGCCCUCCAACACGUCCAAGGCCUUCGUCUGCCAGUCGUGCUCCAAAGGGUUUACACGCAAGGACGUACUAACGCGGCACAUCCGUGCCGUGCACGAGACAAAGCGCCCCGACGUGCGGAAGAGCCGGCGUCGCAGCUGCAGGCGCUGUGCCGGCUUCAAAAUCAAGUGUUCCGGCGGCGGCCGGGGCACAGGCAAGAACGGCACGCGAGAGGGCGGCCGGGCAGAGGAUCCGUGCGAGGCAUGCAAGAAGCGGGGUGCAGUGUGCAUCUACGAUUUCGGGGCGCCGGUGGAAGAGGCGGAGGAGAGCCCGAAGACGAGCGCGGAGGACGAGUUGCUGGAUUUUGGCUCGGAGGUGUCGGAAGAGGACGGGAAUGGGGGCGCACAUAAGAGGAGGAGGGUCGGGGAAGAGAGAUACGAAACGGUGUUUGAGGAUGGGGGGCGCAGGGUGUCGCCGCAUCUGUUGUCGGCGGCAAGAAUGGCGUCGGAGAGUGGGAGCCAGGGUGCGCGGUCGGGGUCGGGGUCGUCGGCUUCGGCGUCGGCUUCGGCGGCUAGCCUGAAGAAUUUGAUUAGUGGUGACCACACUGCGGAGUUAUCGUCGGCCGAUCAACUGAUGUCGCUGAUGACCACAAACACUUAUGGAACGAUUCCAAGUCUUGAUGGGUCGCAGCCAAGUAGUGGCACACAGACUCCGCAGAAAGUACCACUAUCAGUUGAUAUUCCAGUAUUUGGAAUAAAGCCCCAAGUACCCCUGAAAUCUCCCCCAUCUCAGCCUGCGAUAGUGCCCCAGUCGCCAAAUACAUCCAUGUACCGACGGGAUGAGUAUUACCAGCCACAGAAGGCUUCAAUAAGCGCUACUAAGCGCCCAGAACCACUUCUGCUAUCACCUCGUGAUUUUAGAGACAACUUCAGUACUCCGGCCACUCUGGGUGAGUUGCCCUCCUGGCUUGGUACCGGGUCUGAAGCCGUUACUGAAGAAGAUUUGCGCGCAGCAAAAACCUUGCAAGGGUUCCCUCCUGUAUCUCCUCCGUCGCGGUCACCGCCGAGGCACUUUCCAAACCUGCAGGCUUCAAAGUCUGUAGAUAUCAGUUCGUUUGUAAACGAUGUGCCAGAGGAAAAUCAAAGACCUCAGGAAUACCCCCCAGUAUCUUUUACGGUAGACUAUACUCAAAAACAGACAGAAAUGCGGCAGAAUUCUGGGACUUUCCAGACUGGAAAUCUUGGAUCAUUAGUAGGACAGCAAGACAUGGGUGGAAACAUCGAUAUGAUUCAAUUAGGCGGGUCGAAACCAGAGGAUAACCAUCCAGGUUACGGUAAUGAUUUGCCAGGUCUGGAAAACGAUGAUAAUUGGUUUUUCGACUUUGGGAUCUUUGAUACUACCACCGAUUGGCUGAGAGGCUGGGGUGAUGAUUCCUCAGCUCAAGAUAACACGGGAAUUAACGGCACAUUUUCAGAACGACAUCUCAGUACUGUUGCCCCACCCCCUGCUGGUACUACUGCGCCGGGACGAGUUCCGAGCCCUGUGUUACCGCUAAGCUCAAAACCUUUUGUUUCGCCGGCAGCGCCUGGAUCAGCGUGCUCUGACGAAGGCUCAACAACGUAUUGUCCUAAACACCGAGAAGAUCAUCAGACACGCUUACCAUCAGUCAGUCCAAUCAAAGACCUUUCCUCCGUCGAAGACUUCCUACCAUGGGGCUGGCAGUCGGGUCGAGAGGAGCCGAAGCGUCGUGUAACUCUGCCUCCGCUCAGGCAAAUCCUGGAGGAGUACACGGCCCCGGCUACUUCUCAGCGCGCCGACUCAGUACCUGCAGGUAAGGAUGGCGGCUUGGAUGAGAGGAUCAGGACUGAUAUGGUCGAAUUGCUGUCUAUUCCGUAUGAGAGGUAUCCCUACGAGAGUGCAGAUAUGAGUAGAUUCCCGCCAAAGAAGAUGCUUGAUGGGUUUAUCACGCUGUAUUUCGAGCAGUUUCAUUCAAACUUGCCAAUGAUCCAUAGGCCGACGUUUAGUGUUGCGACGUGCCCAACUAUUGUGCUGGUCUCGAUGGCAAGUAUUGGAGCUAGUUACAGUAAUGUCGAGGGUGCCAAGGUCUUUGCGGAUACAUUGAGCGAGCUUUGCAAAAGGACCCUAGCCUGGAUGGCCGAAUACAACCCAGAAUAUCCGCGCUCGGAUUUCUACCUCAAAGCCUUAUGCCUUCAGAGCGUUUAUGCGUUAGGCUCGGGCUCCCACCGUCUUUAUGACUCUGCAGACGUCUCUAGAAGUUUUCUGAUUGGUAAUGCCCGCCGUAUUGGCUUAUUCUCUGGGACCCUUUCGCCGCCAGCAUCAUCGCCGUCUUCGGCACCAAAUUCCCCAGGCCGGCCCCAUAUCGAGGACACGCCUCUUUCCCGAGACACCAACGAGCAGCUUGAGGCCCGCUGGAACGCAUGGCGGAAACAGGAAGAGCUGAGACGGCUCGCCUGGUCAAUCUUUGAAUACGAUUGUUCAUUUUCCACAUUAUCCAACCGCCGCGGCGCCAUAACCCUCAACGAUAUUUCGACGCGCAUACCCUGUUCCGAGGCGCUCUGGGAAGCGCCGAACGCGCAGGCGUGGGCUGCGCUCCUGGAGCCAAAGCACUCUACACAGUUGCCUUGUGUGGAGAGGGGAACAUUGCUCUUUCCCACGCUGCGGGAUGUCAUCUCGGAGAAGAUAUCGCCAGAUAAUCUUACAAGUUGGGGCAAGAGGUUGUGCGCUCAAGCUCUGGGGAGAAUAUUGUGGGACUUUAAGGAAAUAGAGGAAAGUGUGUUGAGCGUUGGCGGCACUAGUACUACCAACGGUGGUGGGUUAGGGUUGCCGAUGUUCGGUCCGGGGUUGAAGCCGGCGAAGGACACACUCCUGAAGUCGUUGAUGACGCUGUGUGAGUCGAUUCAAAAGAAGCAGAUAGACGGAGGCAUAAGGGAUGGCGAGGUGGAUGGCGAUAGGGUGCAUAUGAUUCUUGCAUGCCUGAUAUCACACUACACCCAUCUCCACGCCGCCUUCCCCACCAUCUCCCUCAUUCUCUCCCUCGCCCGGCGCCCCCCUUCCUCCGCCGACACCGGCGCCGACCCUCGCAUCGCCCGCCUCAAAACCAUCUUCUCCAGCGACCCUGUCUACGCGCGCACCCUGGCCUGGAACUCGGCGCAGAUCAUCGCCAUCUCGCGCUGGAAGCCAGUCUUCUCCCCCGUCGAGGGGAUGCGCAUCUUCAUGGCCGGCGUCGUCCUCUGGGGCUUUGGCCGUUACUUCCGCGAGCCCACCACCGCCACCACCGCCAACUCCGGCGCCCCAAAUUCACCCAUCCGAGGCAUGCAGGAGCAGAUUGUGAGGCUGGACUCGCACCCGUGGACGCGCGGCGUGCAGGGCGCGGGCGAGUACUGCCCUGAGGAGUGGAUCCGCAAUGGCGGGAAGAAGGCGACGAUUGGGAAUGAUGAUCCGGAUGGGAACGCGAUGACGGAGAUAUGCUCGGAGAGAGGCGCGAGAGAGGUGUUGAGGGUUGUGGUGGGGAUCUUGGGGAGGAUGAGGGUGUGGGGGUUGGGCGGGGAGUUUAAGAGUGUGCUCGAGGAGAUGGUAAGGAGGACUUGA